GUGGUAGUAUAAUAUAUAGAAUUUUAAAAUCUGCACAAAUUGUAAUGUUUAUAUGCCUGUGUAAGCUAACCAGUUGAUAAGAUAGGGGUUAAUUAUGAUUCCAACUAUGAAUGGCCCUUCCGGACCUGGUCGAAAAACAACCAUAUGUAGAUAUUUUGCUACAAGUGGAACUUGUUUUUAUGGGAACGACUGUCAAUUCAUGCACGCUAACCCUAACGUCGUACCAAAUGAUUUAUCGUUAUCACAGAAUCGGACUUUAGUGGUUUCUCAGCCGUCGUCAAUGCGAGAUUUGACGAUUAAUACUCAUAAUAAAGUUACAGAAGGACCUCCAAACCCUGUCACGAGCAUGGACCCUCUGUUUCAAGCUUUUGCACCAACUGCAGGAUUACCUCCUGAAUCAAAACUACAAACAUACAUGAAUAUUGCACCACGUACACUGUCACCUUCGGUAGAGAAACCCAAAUCUUUUGUACCUCCAUCUUCCAACCUGCAUUCUGGUGAUGUCACUAAUGCCAUGGCUGCUUUAGCUGUUGAAACUUCAAGAAAGACCCCAAAUCCUACUGCUGCAGAAUUUGUUCCUAUGUCAUCUGUUGCAAGGCCUACAGCAGGACAUUUAACACACAGUAUGAGUACACCUUCUUUUUUCCAAUACGCCAUAGGUGCAUCAGGUCUGACAGCCAGUACACCUUUUGGUAGAUUUGAUGUGCCACAGGGUGACAGUCCAGGUCUUUCUCCUGAUCAGUCUCCUUUAGUCAGCAGAAAAUCUAGAUCUCCAUUAACAACAACUUAUGUUGGCGGCCCUUCUGUGACUGUUACAACCUCAACCACACAGGACCAGUUUGCACCACCAGGAACAGUCUAUCAACAAGAAUCAGUUGGAGGGACAACAUACUUUUUUGCUGCAGAAGAAGCUGGAGGAGCUCCAAAAGAGACACCUGCACCUAUUAUAAUGCCAGAUUUCACAGUGUACUCAGGAAAUCCAGCACAUGUCGAGCACAUGAAGCCAAAGGCUAAUGCUCCUUCAUUUUUUCUUCCAGAUGAACUGAGAAUGGAUAUUCUACAUAGACGCAGUUUAACCUUAGCUCAAGUCAAUCCUGAACAGUACCAAGAUCUUCCAACAGAAGUUGAUAACUACCACAAUCUCUGUCCAUUGGAACCUUCAAAAGAUGGUGUUCCAAAUAAGUCUGCAACAUUCCGAUUUUAUACUUCUGUUUAUAAGGCCACAAACAUGAAAACUGGUGUUUACUACUGUUUAAGAAGGAUACAUGGUUUCCGACUGACUAAUGCAAAAUGUAUGACAGUCGUAGAAACUUGGAAGAAAAUUCAGCAUUCUAAUUUGGUGCACCUACGAGAGAUGUUUACUACAAAGUCUUUUGGUGAUCACUCUAUUGUGUUUGUGUAUGAUUACCACCCAGGAGCUGAUACUUUAAUGAACCAGUACUUCAGCCAGCCAGGGCUCACAACUGCUAUCAAUGGAUAUCAUCCAGCAGUGUUUAAUAAUGUUGAUGGAAUGACUAGAUCAUAUGGCCAUAGUAAAGGUGGGUUGAGACAACAUGCAGGACUUUUACCCGAGAGUCAGAUAUGGGCCUAUGUUGUACAACUGAGUUCAGCUUUACGUACAAUUCAUGCUGCUGGCCUUGCAUGUAGAGCCUUUGAACCUACUAAGAUUCUUAUCACAGGAAAGUCCAGGCUGCGACUUAAUUGUUGUGGGAUUUUUGAUGUACUGAGCUAUGAUGCCAGUCAGAUCAACCCUAAAGAUCUCAUACGUCAUUUCCAACAAGAAGAUCUUCUGGCCUUUGGUAAAGUUGUACUGGCUCUGGCCUGCAACUCUCUAGCAGCUGUACAACGAGAGAAUGUACAGGCCUCCAUGGAGCUUGUUUCAAGAAACUACUCUGCUGAUCUCAGAAAUCUUCUCAUGUAUCUUCUUUCAAGUCAGAGUCGUGUACGUAGCAUCAAUGAAAUCAUGCCGAUGAUUGGUGCUAGAUUUUACACUCAGCUUGAUGCAGCACAGAUGCGAAGUGAUGUAAUAGAAAAUGAAUUAGCAAAAGAAAUUGAAAAUGGAAGAAUACUUCGUUUGCUUUCAAAACUUGGAACCAUCAAUGAACGACCUGAAUUUAACAUGGAUCCGACGUGGGCAGAAACUGGAGAUCGAUAUAUGCUGAAACUGUUUAGAGAUUACCUCUUUCAUCAGGUCACAGAAGAUGGCAGGCCUUGGAUAGACAUGGCUCACGUUGUGCAAUGUUUAAAUAAGUUGGAUUCUGGCUCACUUGAGAAGAUUUGCCUCACAUCUCGUGAUGAACAGAACGUCUUGGUUGUCAGUUAUGCAGAACUGAAACAUUGUUUCGAAUCAUCCUUCAAUGAAUUACUGGCUGCUCAGAAGCCUCAUACUCCCACAUAACCUAAAUAUUGCAGAAAAAGGGAGAAUCUUUGUAUAAAGUAGUAUGGGACCAGAGAAAAUUGUGGCCAAUACAGAAGACUUAUCUGUAAAUUGUUCAUUGCAUAUUUAUGUCCAGUCACAACUGCAUGUCAUCUUGUUGGAGAUUUGGAGAGUAAGAACUGUGAGCCUCAAAUGCCAGAGAAAGCUGUUGAAAGUUGGAAUUGAUAUAUAGUCUUGUGUCAUAUUGUCCAGCCAGAGCAUAGCAAUAGGAAAAAAAAUAUAUUUCACAGUGAAGAAUGAAAUAGAUAUUGUUAGAAUCAAAUAUCUUAAUAUGUACAUUCCUAAAUGAACGAAUUAUACUUGCUGGUUAUUUUUAUCCAUCUUCAAGUUUCAACACUGUACAGUUUUGUCAUUCACUUACAUCCAUUUCAAUGGGCAGCUUUCAUUAAAACACAGAGAUAAUGAAUAAUAAUAAAUGCCUCAAAACAGGUUAUUUUAAAUUGCUUAAGUUUUUUUACCUUUCUUGUGAAAGUGAAAAAAUUGCCAUUUCUCAUGCGCAUGAUGAAUUGUUACUCAGGGAUUGAAGGAGUUGACAUUAUACUCGGUUUACCAAUUUAUACUGAGUGUUGUAUAGUCCUUACAAUGUUGGUCAUCAGUGGACAAGUUGGACAGUAUUCUUAUACUGCUGGUAUAACAACAAUAUAUAUAUAUUUUUUUUUUAAACACUAAUAAGCAAAUUUGAUUAGAAUUUACCUUCAAACAUCAGUGAUAUAUUUAAAAAUUAGCACGAUGAGGAGUUUUAUAUGAAGCAGAUGCAUCUAGAGUGACGUUUAAUUUAUGGUCGAUCAGUAUGAAGUUACAUUUUAUUUAUAAUAGAUGCUGCAAUUAAGAGAAAAAAGUAAUCAACUUUUUUUUUGUGGAAGAAUUAAUAAUCUAUGGAUCAUAAAUAUUCAAUCAGGAAACAUGACGUACAUAAGAAAAAUUUUACAAAAAAAAGAUCAUCUCUUGAAAAAACUUUUUAUAUCACAGUUGAAAAUACUUUUAAAAUUACAGUAGGAUAUCUCUGCAUUUAUUAAAACUUCUACCAGUCUAAUUUACUUAAAUUUUACAAAUAAAGUGAUAAAAUCUGCAAAGUUAUUGAUUUAGAAUUUAACAGAGGUUGAGUGCAUUAUACAAAAAUAACUUAGAGCCUCACCACAUCAUUACAAUUCAUGUCAAUAUAUCCAGUCAUGCUCUGUCUGGAGUGCAAGUUCUAAUACAAAAGUAUCUGGCAUAAAGCUGUUUAUGUUCAAAGCACAACUCUUAUCCCUAAAGCUUGCCAUAAUCCGUGUAGUAGACAAAGAUAAUAGUUUUAUAUUGAUUUAUAUUAACAGUCUUAUUGCACAGAAGUCCUUAGGCACUGUAUCUGGUGACUUGAUGAGCAUAUCUUCAUGUGGAACAGCAUGAAUACCCAUUUCAUUCUCCAGCUGAUUGAGGUAUGCAAUGGUUGAACUGAUAUGUUGUGGAAGCAACUUGUGUUGCUUUUCCACACAUAGAUCCUUCUUGGUUAUGUUGCACACUGUUGCCUGGGUCAUCUCCUCAGUUUUUGCCACUGACUAUUGUGCUGAUGAACUCUCACCUGUUAAAAUAUACUAGACUUUGCUAACUAAAGCUGGAGUACAACUUUUUGCAAGUCUCUUUGUGGAUGGUCAUUAAGGCCCAAGUUGAUCCAUAUUUCUUUGUUUUAUAAUACUAUGAAAUGUUUGAUCUAACAAGUGUUGCAGUUGCUUAAUAUCAAUGAAUUUUUAGGUAAAAUCUGAUAUUUACUGUUCAUAAAAAGAUCCUUUUUUAAUUAUAAUUGUUUAAAUACACAAAGAAUAGCUUUUGUGCUACUCAUCAGGCCAUACAAUCUCAGGUAGUGGUGUCUUUUAAUCUUACUGUAAAAUUAUUUGAAAAGGCCAUGAGAGUUUUAGUAAUCAUGAUGUUAUCUUUUUAUUUUAACAAGGUCUAUGGUUUUUAUUGAAAACUAUUACAAACAACAUAUUUCAUUUUAUCCCUCAAAUUACCAACUUAUUUUUAUACUAAUUACCACUGGUGAGGUCCACCAUGCAUCAUACUGAGUAAUUUUAUGUUUUUAGGUUUUUUUUUUUCCUGUUCAACUCCUUAAACCUAAGCAGAUGCUAACAGCAUCCAGCCGAAAAUCCUGAUUUACUCAUUGGAUGGUGACAGCAUCCAAUAACAUUUUUGUCUCUUUGACAGAAAACUAAUCCAAAUCAUGUUAUUAACCACCUUUUUACAAAUAGACCAGAAAUUUUAGAAGGUAUGGUGAUAAUUAUUGAGACAUCAGAAAAAUAAUUCCAGCAGAACGUGCAAACAAUUAUGGGUUUAAAGGAGUUAAAAAACUUGUGAAAACAAAUUGUGUGAAAUUAGUAAAUUUCAUAGAGAAUCCCAGCUGUAAUUAAUCAGAUUAAUUGCAAUAUUGAUGGUCUAUUUGUUUAGAUUUAUUUUGUACCUCAAUACGAAAUUAGUAGCGCUGUAAACAGCAAAAACAAACAAUUUCGUGCAUAAAUAGUGUAGAAAAAUGUGUUUACAAAGCUGAUGCAAUCUACAUGAGCCUAAACAGUAAUCCUAGGUAUAGCAAUGAAAUUUUGGAAAAAUAUUUAAAGGUAUUUUAAAAAAGAUUUUUCAUCACAUAGUUAAAUUUCAUGAAAAAAGUUUUACUUUAGUUAAUUCACAAUUAUUAUACAAUAUUUGUUUGAGAAGAAUAAGUCACUGAAGACAGAUCAUUGUAAGUUAAUAUUCCAUUUCUAUAUAAUGAACAGUUGAAAGUGUAAAGUUAUAGUGUAUUUUUUUAAUCAAUACAAGUUUUUAUGUAUGGGUGCACUAUACAUGUGCUGUUAGGCCAAUUGUUUUAGCAUUGUCAUGACAGUUUUCUUUAUAUGUACAUUUUGGACUCUGGACCUCAUGGAUUUAGUUGGUAUAUGUAUCUUUACCCAGAACUAAAGAUACUUGUUCUUUUGUUGAACUGUAGUUUAUGUAAAGAAUAAUAAUAGUAAAUACAUAUUGUCAUAUCUCUGGCCAUUAAUGGCAAAAAAAUGAGGCUUAAUGUCAUAUAUAUAUAUAUUCAGAAAUAUAUAUUUCUGUGAAGGUUUUAUUUUUAUUCUCAUAACUUGUAUAUAUAUAUGCGUGUGUGUGUGUGUAAUAUAAGAAAAAUCAGCUUAUUUUGUUGGAUAAAGGGUGUAAAAAUAUAGUUAUUGCAUGUGUUUGUAAAUGCAAAGAAAAAGCAGAGAGCAGUAGUGCUUUUAUGUUGUCCUAUAAAACUUCUGUGUUCUUUGGAUAAUGGAUGUAUACAUUUUUUUUUUUUCCUUUUUUAAAGUUUUCUAAAAUGUGACCACAUUGAUGUAGAUAUGCAAGUCUGAGUAGAUAACAACCAUUACCAUAGAGUGUUAUAAUCUGUGCAUCCAGUUACAUUGGCAUAAUAUACUUGGUUUUAUAUUUCUUUUUUAUAUUAUGCCUACCUUUUUUUUUAGAUCUGUUGUUCUUAAUGCAGAAUAGAAGUCAUGUGAUACAAAUAAUAAUUUUUGAAUGUGUUAUCAAAUAGUUUUGAAUAUCAAAGUGUAUCAUGGUUUAGUUAAACAGUGAAUCCUUUAUUUCACUGGGUUCUGUAGCUAAGAAUACAGUAUGCUUGUAAUAUGAUUAUUGGUGUUUUUCUGAAUGUAGGAUAGGUUGCACAGUGGUCUGUGGUUCUGAGUGCAGUACAAAUUUCAUUAUUCACUGGGAUCUAUAGUUCUUAUUGCUGUAUGGUUUUAACAUAGUUAUAGAGUAUGUUUUCAGUAUUAGAAAAUGACUUUGAGGAACUGUGUUUAGAAUGGCUUUAGUUUUGCACGUGGAUGUAUAUCAUUUGAGUGCAAGGAGUAGCUGUAAAAAUGUACCAGGUUCUCAAAGCAGUGUCAUCCUAAAUAAGAUUUUUUUUGUUGUUGUUUUUUCUUAAUGACAAUAAGUUGAAUCAUUCAAAAGGAUUUUUGCCAUUAUGAUUAUAAUACUUGAUAUCAGUGCAUUAUUUCUGUAAUUUGUGCUAAAAUAUUAAAACCAUAUGAGCUACAUUUAAGUAAAUCCUCUGCCUUGUUUUAUAGUGAAAAAUAUUACAUCUUGGAAUCUUAAUAUUGUAAACAAUGUUUUCAAGAUAUAAUAAAUAGAUAAAAGCAUAACUUGAAUUUCAUGGAGGUCUUUGUAACAAGAUAUGGUCCAUAUAAGCUUUAGCUUUUUUUUUUCAGAAAGUAAUGAUAAAUUAAUAAAAUGAUAAGGCUUAAAAUUGUAUUUUAGGUUUGGCUCUUGAGGAAGUGAGACUGCGUUAAUACUUAUAGCACAUAAUUAUAUAUUAAGAUUUUAAAAAAAAUUCAAAAUAAUAUAAUUUGGGCACCUGCAUGCACAAGUAUGACUCAUUGUUGAAAGAUUUGAUAUAUAUAUAUAAUGAUUGAACAUUAAUAUCAAACUUCCCCCAGACGCUCAAUGGUAAGCUUGAGGGCUUAUAAUGCUAAAAUUUGGGGUUCUAUCCUUUUGGGAUAGUAUAUGAAAAAAAGAAUUAUAUUUCAUCUGUAUGCAUGUAUAUACUUUUUUAAUGAUAACAGUUUGUAAAGUAGUACUUCUAAGUUACCUUAAUUAAACUUUCUUGCACGUCUGGCUUUUUUUCUUUUUUUGUUUGUAUUAAAGAAAAUUAAUUUCUUUGCAUUUGGUGCAGUGAAAUGUUUGUUCCCAAUUUGUUUCAGUAAUUUUCUUUUUUUCAUAUUCAUCUUGAAGACAGUAAUUAUUGAUUCACAAACAUUAAUAGUGUUAAUUGAUACACAAAUUCCAUUAUGAAUGGUUGGAAGAAUAGCAACAAAAGCUCAAACAUGCUCUUUCUGAAUCUUUGUUCACUAUUUUUUGUGUUAUAAUGAAAUGUUGGUGCCUAUACUUCUUUACAAAGUUUGUUUGUAAAAUUGCAGUGUCUUAGAGAUUUUAUGAUCUUUUUAUGACUUGUUAAACACUAUUUACAUUUAUAUUGUUUAAGUCAAUAAGAAAUUUUAUUAUUUUUUUAUGAUAAUUUUAAAUAUCAGAAAUAUUAAAGCAUAUGGGAAAAGAAAACUUAUGUAUUUUUCAAAAUUGUUUAUGUGAAAAGUACAAUUAAGAUAAAUUACUUUAAAAUCCUGCAAAAAAAAUACGAGUUUCUGUUAUGAUCUUCAGAAACUUUUGAUGUAAAAUAAUAAUUUAAGAAGUUCAGAAAGAGGCUUGGCUCUUACUUCAAGUAACAAGUCAGUGGUUUCAUUUUCAUAUUUUGCUCUUACAGUCAAUUACUCUUGUAAAAUAGUUUAAUUUUUCACCUUUUUUCUAUUUAUUGUUAUCUGUAUUAUUUCCACAAGAAGCAGAUUACUGUACUAGCCUCCAAAUUGCAAUAAUAUGUCUCUGCAUUUAUAACUAGUACUAUAAAUUGUCCAUUUUUAAUUUUACAGUAAACUUUUUAAAUAUAUUAUAGUAUGUGCUUCCAUUUCUUACUGUCCUUAAAUUGUCAUUAUUAAGGCUUUGCUUCUCAAUAAUAAUAAUAAAUACUAAUGUUUCCAUAUCUAAGAUCAUGUGAACUAAAAGUCACAAAAUAUUAAGGAAAUUGACAUAAACAUUUAUUUUAUGAAUAGCAUAAAUCAAAGAAGAUGUUAAGUUAGUCAGCAGAGAUUUAAUAAAACAGGUAUGAUAAAUAUUUUAAACUGUUUGUAUUGUAGGAAAAUUACUGAGAAAUACCUUUCAUAAUGCUGAACAUAAUAUUUUAUUCUAAAUUAAAAUAUGUAAGAAGAACAUGUUACAGAACCCUUUUGGAAAGAAAAAAUAACAGAUCAUUGAAUUACUAUGAAUAUUUAGUAUUGCAUGAUUUUAUUUUGAUAAAAUAACUUCACAUUUCAGUAUUUUGUACUAAGCUACAUUAAUCAGAAUUUUCUUCAUAAACAAGAUCAAAAUCAUGAGGAUUGUUACUGCAACACACAAUAGCUUUAAAAACUCAAAACAAAACAAGAUGUUAAUCUUUCAGUGUAAUAUCUGGGAUUAUAAACUUAACAUAUGACAUGUGAAUGAACUUUUUAGACGAAUUUUAACUUUGUUCAAAAAAAUUUAUGUGUUAUUAUUUUCAAUAUCCAUGUGGUAUCAUAUAGUCAGAUUAUUUGGCCAAAGUAAUUUUUUUUAUUGUUUUCCUUUUUUCAUUAUUAAUGAUUAUCGGGUUUUGUUUGUUUAGUCUUUUACAACAGAUUCCUUCGUUUCUGUUGAAAAUAUCCAACCAUUCAAAAUUCAUGAACUAGAAUUUUUUUUUGUUUGUUGAUCAUGAAAGAGAAACUUCCUUUUUUAAGAUUUAAAGAUGUAUUUUCAGAAAAACUGUUUUGUUAAGCCUAAAACUUCAGAAUGAUAUUGCUUACCAUUGUGCCACUAGAUUACAUUAUUAUAAUUAGAUAUUAUGUUUGCCUUUUAACUUGUCAUAAAAAAAGUAAAGUUUGGUUUAACUUCUAGUGGCAUUAUUGACAAAACUAAAAUUUAUACCUUAAUUUAGCCAAACAUAAACAUUUAGUAGAACAAAAAGUCCAACUAUUUUUUAUUAUUUCUGAUUUGGUGACUAAGUAUUUUGUUCCCAUAGUUGUAGAAAGUCUGGGGAAAUUAGUUAUUUUUUAAAUUUAAAUCCUGAUGGUAGUAAUUUUAUGGAAUACUGAAAGAUUGUAAGUAAAAUGAGAUAAUUUAAUCAUUGUGAGUAAUGUUUUAAAAUUUCUUUUAAACUUUUUUUUUUGAAUAUUUACUCAUAAGAUUAUGAAAGGCUUUAAAUGAAGGCAGUAUUGCUCAUAUCUUAUCUGAGUAAGGUAUGUCUUGGUUUUUAGAUUUCAAAAAUGUUUACACCAUUUUAUAAGUAAUUUGUUAGAAAUUGUAAUUGUGUGAUGAAAAAUAGUUAUGGGUAGGGAGUGAAAAGUGUUUUGGAAGUUGUUUAGCUGAUUGUAGUCUUUCAUAGGUAACAUUUAAUAUCCAACAAAAAUAAAUGGUGCAUUUUUACCAUUCAUGAAUAGCACAAGUUUGUUUUAGAAUAUACAAUUUACAUAAUAACUGGCUUACUGAUCUUUAAAUUUUGAUUAUAAAAAUAAUAAAUAACUCAUUUAAACUUAAGUUCACCAACAUUUUCUUUUGGGAAAGUGCUAAUUUUGUAUAGAAAUAAAAUUGAUUUCACAAAAGAUAAGUGCUGUAGUUGUAUUCAUAGUAAACAUUAUCCUGCUGAAUAGUGAAGGUUCGUGAAAGUUUGCACGAUGGACAAGAAAACUAAGUACAGUGAAUAUUAUUGUUAGCUGUAGGAGUAUAUGUAGAUACCUGUAUACAAUGAGCACAUUCUUGUACAAAUGUUUGAUGUAAAUUUAUUUUUUAUGUGAACUUAAAUAAAAACUUCAAACUUAUUCUUUUUUUA